UACUCCAGAAAGGAAGGAUAUUCUUAAGUUAAUUUCGCACUUCUCCUAAGUAUCUUAUGAAAGGUGUCUCGGAAUUAAUCAAUCGAGACUAUGUGCAAUAGGUAGACCCUAGUAAGCUAUGGUUACCUUGAAAAAACUUCGAGUCUUUAAGCUUACGAACAUCAGAAAACUUUUCGAAUUUCUAUUUGAAACUGUGUACAGAAAGGUCUUAAUGCGAAUAGUUUUUUAUGGUAAAUAUUAAGUGUACAGUUUGACUAUCAAAAUUUCGUAUUCAAUGAACUUCAUUUUCUUUUAGGAAUUAAACAACUUGUUAAAAUUUUUCUAUAUUCAUACUGAUUAUUGUCUUCAAUCUAUGAUUAAUAUAUUUGUGUUUUCUUUUUAGGAAUAUAUUGAACUUGGUGAUCCAUCAAUUGGUUUAUCUUGUCUUAUAUUAAAACGUAAAUAUGAUCAAGUACGUCGUCGUACUGAAUUAGCAUAUAUUCAUGGUGAAAAACGUGCUAUUGGUCGUUUAUUAACAUUUUUAAUUCGACAAUUUUUUUCUAAUGAAGAAUUACGUAAUGCAUCAUUAGAUGGUCGUGUACGUAAUACACAAGCAUUAUCAAAAGAUCGUAUGUGUAUUAUUGAUAAACAUUUACAAUCAAUAUUUGGUAUUGAUUAUAAUUUAUAUCGUAUAACAAAAGAUUGUGCUGAACAAGUUAAUGUUGUUUGUCGACAUGCUAGAAAUCCGAAAAAUUUUUUCGAUAAUAAUAAUUCAAAUACUAAAAUUGAAAUGAAUAGUUCUACUAUAAAUCAAAAUGAUAUUGUUGAAGAUAAACAAUAUGAUGAAUAUGAAUCAUUUCAAGAACAGUUAUUUAUUCAAGCAAAUGGUAAAAAUAUUUCUUUUUUAUAUUGUAAUAAUAGAUCAUUAUAUCUUUUUUGUAAUUUGUGUUGA